GACAAUGUGAACUCUUUGGUGCAGUAAAUCAAGCUAUUUCCUACGAGCAAUUACCAGUUAUUAGGAUUGCUACCGGAACUGGCAUGGAACAAGCUCACCUUGAGCUGGCAAUCGAACUUGGAUGUCAAUCGUACAUAACAAUCACAGAAGGAGUAAACUCAUUUUUCGACAUUAAAAUCGCCGUUAAGGAUCGUACGAGUCAACGAAGGCGUGAUAGAUUAUUUUUGAUUUUUGUCGAAAAAAUGUCCAACCUCGAAAACAAUCGGUUUUCAGAAGAAGCAUUUAACUUUUAUCCAAAUUUGUGGUUUAUGACACCUUCGAAAAAUCUUGAAAACGGAUUCGAUUUCUACACUCAAAACUUCACGAAUGCAGGCUCGACAAAGCUUUACCAAGAAAAUAGUUUCAAUGUAGAGAAAUCAUACUUCACGUCGAACGCCAGCUUGUUCUACGACAAACUCUCCAAUUUGUGCGGAAGGUCCAUCCGAACGGGGAUAGUGGACUACGUCCCGUACGGUACUACUGAAUUUGUUGGCGCCAACAGAGGAAAUGUUGACGCUGUGAACUCUAGCCUGUCGAAAGAGUUACAUACUGAGGGAUUCGAAGGUACUUUGAUUGUGGAGUUCUGCAAGUUUUUCAAGUGCAAUCUUAAGGUGUGGCCUUUUGGACCUGAUAACUGGGGAUACAUAAAUGAUACCGAAAACGGUGAAGGAAUGCUUUUUUCGCCGUUAAACAAAAAGACGGAGAUUAUCAUUUCUUCCAUUUACUAUCAGUGGAUAUGCCAGUUUCUGGACUACAGCAGUCCAAUUGCUUAUUCAUCGAUAUUGAUAUUGGUCCCAAGGGCAAAACUCUUGCCAACCGUGUUGACACCGCUGUAUCCGUUCGAUCCCUCACUAUGGCUUACGAUAUUCAUAUCAUUAAUAGGGAUGACGGUAGUUCACUACGGUAUCAGCACACUGAAUCUGUUUGGAUCACCAAAACCUCGGUUUGAAAAGUCAAUCUUUGAUAUGAUCUCCAUUUACUUGGACCAAGCGAUCAUACACAACAAAAGCUCCUUGUCGUACCAAAUACUAAUAUCAAGCGUACUUCUGUCCGGAGUUGUGCUUAGCAAUUCUUACUCAGGAGGACUCGCAAGCGUUCUGACCGUUCCAAGAUAUGGCAAAUCCCUUGACACCAUCCACGACUUCGCCCAGAGCCCGUACCGCUGGGGAAUUCCAGCAAUCGCUUGGGUUCUAGCAAUCGUUGAUGCAGAAUCAGUCGAUCUCAAAACCGUCGUCAAAAAGUUUGACGUCAUUCCGGACGAAGAAAACUUCUACCACCGCACCCUAUCCGGGGACUUUGGCGUCGGAAUCGAAUUCCUCAACAGUCAAAAGAUAACCGUCGGGCCGUACAUCCGCGAGGACAACGUGCACCUGUUUGAGCUACCCAAGGAGAUGUUGUACUACAGCUACACCACGGUUGCAGCCCAGCGGGGCUGGCCCGUAAUGGAGCAGUUGAACCACUUCAUCCUGAUGGCCAACCAACACGGACUGGUGCUGCACUGGGAAAGGCGAGCUCUGCGCAAGAAUCAGAGCACCAGGAUGGAGGUGGCGCUGGAUCCGACGAUUUCCAGACGGCAGCAGGACGAGGUGGUUCAAGUGCUGACUGUGGAACAUAUUUUUGGGCCGAUUUUUAUUCUGCUUGUUGGAGCUGCUUUUGCGACUGGGAUAUGGGUUGAAUUUAUUCUAGAUUUCCCAAAUUUCUGGAUUGUAACACCUUCCAAAUCACUCGGAUACGAGAUUUUCACUCAAAACUACUCUACGAAGGAUUCGUCACAACUCUCGUCUGAGAAUAGUUUUGAUAUUUUGAAAGCAUCAAACUCGUCGACAUUUUCGGAUAAAAUAUUUGAUUUGGGUGGACGGGACGUCAACGUGGGGGUUGUCGACUACGGUCCGUACUGUUUGACGGAAAAUGUUGGUGAAAAUCGGGGGAAUGCGGACGCCUUCAACUCUACGCUGAGAAAGGAACUCCAGAUCGAAGGUUUGGAGGGAAAUUUGAUUAUCGAGUUUUGCAAACUGAGGAACUGUACCCUUAAGCUGCUACCUUUUGGACCGGACAACUGGGGCUACAUCGACGAGAACGGAACUGGCGAUGGAAUGUUGUACGCGACAUACCUGAAAAAGACGGAGCUAUCGAUUUGCUGUACCUCUUUCGAUUGGGUCAAAGACAUUCUCGACGGCAGUCAAUCGAUCGCUUACUCGUCCAUGAAGAUCUUGGUUCCACGAGCGAAACUACUGCCGACCUACCUUACUCCGGUCUAUCCUUUCAGUUCCAAGUUGUGGAUAUCGAUUUUCGUAACGUUGACCUCCAUGACCGUUGUACUCCACGGUAUUACGGCGCUAAACUCUUUUCGAGAUGCUCUGGACCAGCCUGCGUUUGUGAAGUCCAUCUUCGAUACGAUCGCGAUCUUCUUGGAUCAGGGAAUCUUUUUAAAUCUCAUUUGCUUUAUAAUGCUGUCCGGAGUCGUGCUCAGUAACUCCUACUCUGGUGGCCUUGCAAGUGUCCUCACUAUUCCAAGAUUCGAAAAAUCACUGGAUACGAUCCAUAACUUCGCCUUAAGCCAGUACCGGUGGGCAGCACCUUCAAUCGCUUGGACCUUCACCAUAGCUGACGCAGAAACGCCCGACCUCCAAGCAGUGGUCCGCAAAAUCGAGGUCAUCGCCGACCCGCAGCAACUCUACCAACGAUCCCUCCGCGGCGACAUCGGCAUCGGCAUCGAGCUGCUCAACAGCCAAAAGUUCUACGUGGGACCGUACGUCCGCGAGGACAACGUGCACCUGUUCGAGACGCUGAAAGAAAUCACCUACUACGACUACACGGCCGGAGUGUCCCAGCGGGGCUGGCCCCUGAUGGGGUACUUUAACAAGUUUGUGCUCGAGGUGGUCCAGGGAGGGUUCCUGAUCUACUGGGAGCGGGAAAUGCUGCGCAAGUUUCAAAGCAAUCGGCUCGCGUUGGCACUGGAACCGAUCAUAACGGGUCGGCGGCCGGACGUGGUCGUGCAGAGGUUGGCCGUGGGUCACAUUUUGGGACCGCUGUAUUUGCUGUUUAUUGGGACUGCGGUUGCGGCCGUGGUGUUUGUGCUGGAACUGGUUUGGUAUUCGGCUAAAGGGUAUCGGAAGGAUCGUCGAGUUAGUUCUUGGGAGUAG